AUGGCGAAAGGCGACGUAAAGGAUCCUCGCAUGGCCUUGCAUCCUCGAAUUCGAUACAACACAGUUGGAGGCGUUAACGGACCACUAGUCAUUCUUGACAAUGUCAAAUUCCCAAGAUAUAAUGAAAUCGUGUCCUUGACAUUACCUGAUGGCACCGAAAGAUCUGGACAGGUCCUUGAGGCUCGAGGAAGUCGCGCCGUCGUCCAGGUUUUUGAAGGGACAUCAGGCAUCGAUGUCAAGAAGACAAAAGUCGAGUUCACUGGACACAAUCUCAAGAUCGGCGUUUCUGAAGAUAUGCUUGGCCGAGUGUUCAAUGGAUCGGGACAGGCUAUCGACAAAGGGCCAAAGGUCCUAGCAGAAGACUACCUAGAUAUCAAUGGUAGUCCCAUUAAUCCUUACUCUCGAGUGUAUCCGGAAGAGAUGAUUGCCACAGGCAUAUCAGCCAUAGACACAAUGAAUUCCAUUGCUCGCGGGCAAAAGAUUCCCAUAUUCUCAGCUGCUGGUCUACCGCACAACGAAAUCGCUGCUCAGAUAUGUCGACAAGCUGGUCUGGUCAAGCAACCGAACAAAGGAGUGCACGACGGUCAUGAGGAGAACUUUUCUAUUGUUUUUGCUGCUAUGGGUGUCAAUAUGGAGACAAGUCGAUUUUUUACACGAGACUUUGAGGAAAAUGGCAGCAUGGAGCGAGUCACACUCUUCCUGAAUCAGGCCAACGACCCAACGAUUGAACGUAUUAUUACACCACGCCUCGCACUUACCACGGCCGAAUACUUCGCCUAUCAACUAGAAAAGCAUGUCCUCGUCAUCCUGACUGAUCUUUCUUCAUACUGUGACGCUCUCCGAGAAGUUUCUGCUGCUCGAGAAGAAGUUCCAGGACGUCGAGGGUAUCCAGGUUACAUGUACACAGAUUUAUCAACGAUCUACGAGCGGGCUGGUCGUGUAGAGGGUCGAAACGGCUCGAUUACCCAAAUUCCAAUUUUGUCUAUGCCUAAUGAUGAUAUUACCCAUCCUAUCCCCGACUUGACUGGCUAUAUCACCGAAGGACAGAUAUUUGUCGACCGACAACUGCACAACAAAGGUAUAUACCCACCCAUCAACGUCUUGCCCUCACUCUCCCGCCUCAUGAAAUCCGCUAUUGGCGAAGGUCUUACCCGAAAAGACCAUGGCGAUGUCUCCAACCAACUCUAUGCUAAAUACGCUAUUGGGAAAGACGCAGCAAGCAUGAAAGCAGUCGUUGGCGAGGAAGCACUCUCAAGUGAGGACAAGCUUUCCUUGGAGUUUUUGGAGAAAUUCGAGAAGCAAUUCAUCUCUCAGAGCGCGUAUGAAAGUCGGACGAUAUUUGAAAGUAUAGAUCUCGCUUGGAGCUUGCUCAGAAUCUAUCCCAAAGAACUACUAAACCGGAUUCCAAAGAAGGUGCUAGAUGAGUUCUAUCAAAGAAGUGGAAAGGGGAAGAGGGGAAACAAGGAUACGAGAGAUGGCGAGGAUCGGGAGGACGGGAAACAGGCCAAUGGUGAAGCGCAAAAUGGGGGGAGCAGAACGAGGAUCUGA